AUGUCUCUCAUCAAUAUUUUUUUGGUUCUUUUUUCAGUUCUUGCCACAUCUACUCCACCAGGAUCACCAAAAUCGAAACAUAAUGACUCAUCUGUUGUAAAUCCUUACGCUGCUCCUACUACCAUCAUCGAUAAUAAUCAUCACAUUUCAUUUGCAGCACCAACAACAUUCCCUAAUUGUUUCGGUGUUAAAGUUAUUUGUCAGGGAGUGGUUCAACGGCGUACUGUUUGUCGUUUCCCUCCAGUAGUUUUUGGAAGAGGAGAUUCAAAUCAAAGUUUAAAUUCCACUAGUUGUUCGACAAACACUUCUUUAUUCACAUCACCAUCGCCACCAGUUCAUGCUUCCAAUUCCUCCUUGUCAACUGCAUCAAAUAUUGCUGCUGGGGAGACUACAAAAUCUGUCUAUUUUGAUAUUUCAUCAUCAACAAAAUAUCGACAAAUCGGCUUUUCUAAGUGGCGUCGUUUAUGGGCUACGCUAGUGUUAGUUGGUGAUGGAUUAACAGCAUAUAUGAUCUAUUUUGAACCGAAGGUAAAAAAUGCAAUCCACAGAAGUCAAUUCCAAGCACAUCAAUGUCAAAUUCAUUGUCUAUUUGAUCCUCCUAAGCAUAGGAAUUUCACUAGCAAUGGCGAUUGUUGUGAUGGUCCUGAGUUUAAUCAAAUUAAAAUGGAUCAUGAAAGUGAACGUCAUCGUAAUGAUCAUCAUGAUGACAAUAUCAUAGACGGGGAGGAUACAGCACCAGAAGUUGAUGAUGAUGAUGUCGGUGAAAUCUCAGGUCUUCUUGGGACAACAACAGAUUUAGAGAAUAAGAAAUUAGACGUAUCUAGUAACAGUAAUAAUAAUAACAAUAAUAAUCAUAAUACACCCAGUCAUUCAACCACAAUGGUGACCAGAAAAAGAGGAGGAAAAAAGAUGCUGGAUCAUUCUAAUCCACUUUUUAUGUCUUCAAAAGUUGAACUUGGUCGACAUCGUAAUGGUACACUGGAUCCAAAUUCAUUUAUGCUAACAGAUUAUAUUCUUGGUAAAACAUAUCGAUUUCGACCGAUUGUGCCAAACGCUGCUGCUACUUCUUCUGGUUCCAUCCGCAGUCCUAUUACUACUACCACUACUAAAUCUUUGUCGAGAUUAGAUCCGUCUCGUUCUAGUCAUACAAGUAGUAGUAGUACAGGAGGAGGAGGAACAGGAGCAUUCAAUUGGUUCCUUCGUAGUCCUUAUCAGUUAUCUACAAGAAUACCAUCAGAAUCUCCUGGACAGUCGUCGUCAGUGUGUCUAUCCCCAGAGAUGAAUUGCGUUGGGCGAGCUCGUGGUCUAUCAGCGCCAGGCUUAUUAUUUAUUCAUUCUCAUCCUGGAGGAGGAAAUACGCAGACAACAACUUCUUCGUCAAGUAAACGAUCAACAACAUCAGUGACAGGUAAUGAAUACGUUCAUAUAUGGUUAAAAUCCAUCCAGUCGGUGAUAGAACAAAUUUAUACAGCUUAUUUAUUACGUCAUCAUCAUCAACAACAAAGAGGACAAGAAAAACGGUAA